AUGUCUAAAGCAAUUUUCAUAGACCCAAUUGAUGGCAAACCUGGCAAGCCAGGCCAAGUCUAUUACCCGCUGUCCCUACGCACCCAGCCUAUGCCUUCCCCGCAAGGGAGUGAGCUACUGGUGAAAUUGACUGCCGCAGCACUCAACCACCGCGACCUUUUCCUCCGUCAACACCUCUACCCCGGCGUGACCUUCGAUGUGCCCCUGCUAGCAGAUGGAGUGGGAAUUGUGGUCGGAACUGGGCCUAACGUGCCCACCCCAGACAAAUGGCACGGCAAGCGAGUGAUCUUGAACCCUGGUCAUGGUUGGAAGGAUUCCCCCGAUGGACCGGAGGCGGUGGGUGGAUACAAGAUUUUGGGAGGCACAAAGUUCUUGAAUAAGGGGACGUUGCAGGAGUAUAUCACCAUCGAUUACUUGGAGGUUGAAGAGGCCCCUGAGCACCUCUCGAAUGCUGAGGCGGCGGCUCUACCCCUGACGGGCUUGACCGGCUGGAGAGCUCUGGUUACCAAAGCCGGUGAAAGGAACUCUGGCAACGGCGCUGCUAUCUUGGUCACCGGAAUUGGUGGCGGUGUGGCUUUGAUGGUGCUGCGCUUUGCUGUUGCCCGAGGUGCGCAUGUCUUCGUGACGAGCUCAAGCCAGGAGAAGAUUCGACAGGCUGUUGAGCUUGGUGCGGCUGGUGGUGUCAAUUAUAAAGAAGAAGGCUGGGAAACGAAAUUGUUGAAAAUGCUCCCGAGCGGGAAGACAAAGUUUGAUGCUAUUAUCGAUGGUGCCGGUGGUGAUUCUGUUGAGAAAUCCAUCAAGUUGCUGAAGAAUGGCGGUAUUCUCUCUGUCUAUGGUAUGACUGUGUCGCCUAAGAUGCCAUUCACAAUGCCGGCUGUCCUUAAGAAUAUCGAGGUCCGCGGUUCCACCAUGGGCUCCCGCAAGGAAUUCAAUGAGAUGAUUGCAUUCGUCAAUGCUAAGAAGAUUCACCCCGUGGUGUCGCGAGUGCUGCAGACCGAACUGGACGAUUUGUCUGCGAUCGACGGGUUGUUUGAGGAGAUGAAGAAUGGCACACAGUUUGGUAAAUUGUCCUUUGAUGCCACUCACUAUGCUCUGCAAUCUCUGAACAAACACAUUGAACGAAGACUGGCAAAGUUGCAAGCCAAUACCGUCCGCUUGAAGCGUGAACUGUGGCUGCUCCAGCGACAUGUCAAGGAAUUCCGCCAUCCUCUUUUUGAGAACUGGGAAGCCGACAUGCUUACCCGUCUCAUCGAGGUUGCACACGCCAACCAGUAUCAGAAGCUACCUGGCGGCAUCGUGAUCGGACAGCCCUCGUUUGCUGAGCGUGAACAACUCACCCAUGCGUAUAGCACUGUGGCAAAAGGUAUCCGUAUGCACACUCUUCGCAAGCUCGGUCUAUCGGAAAAGUAUCACCAGGCUCUGCAGCGAUAUCCAGAAAUCGCUCCCUACCGAAGCCCGAACCCGUAUAUGACAGAGUUCGCAUUCGCCAAAUGGCUGAUCGAGGAGAAGGACAACAGACCAGAACUAUAUGGGUUCUGGUCCAAGUUGUUCCCCAUCUGCUAUAACCGCAGCGUCCAAGAGAGCGCCUCCAUUUUCUAG